AUGAGAGAAAGACUCUACGGUUUCUAUCGUAACGCGCAGAGACGGGUAUCAGAUCAAGAUAAUCAACAGAUCGACGAUAGAAAUGUUCUGUUGAUGGAGAAAGUCUUCCUUUCCCAAAGAAAGGAAAGAAAGAAAAAGAGAGAAAAACUCGAGUAUCUAAGAAAUCGCAAAGGUCCCACUCAACCUUCCGAUGUAGAGGCUCAAACAAAAACUUCACUCGUCUACAGCAACCUAGCAAUCUCUUCGAAAUGGCGUCUCAGAUGGGUAAGGAAGGUACUUUUCAACCGCCUCAGGCACCGCAGAGUCAACAAAAACCGGGGUCAGUGCUCCGUCCCUACAGGGGUGACCCUUAACGACUCCGGUACUAAGGACCUGAUCAUCAGACUCGAAAAGCAUAUGGUUCCUCCCAGCGAAGCCACGAAACUGGAGUCAAAAGGUCACUUUGUCGAGUAUGUAGGCUCUGGCAAAUUGAAGGACAAGAAGGUUCUCAUCACUGGCGGAGACUCCGGCAUCGGCCGAGCUGUUGCCAUUCUGAUGGCACGGGAAGGGGCCGAUAUCACAAUUGUCCAUCUUCCCGAGGAGAUAGACGACGCUGAAGAGACCAAGAGAGCCAUUGAACAUGAAAAGAGAUCAUGUCUACUUGUCGCUGGAGACCUCAGGGCCCACAAUAUGUGUCGACGAGCUGUGGAGGAGCAUAUGAACAAGUUCCAGAGACUGAACGUCCUGAUCAACAAUGCCUCAAAACAGUAUAUGAAUAAGAACUUCGCCGAUAUCGACCUGAAUAAGGUGGAGGAUAUCUUCCGGACCAACAUCAUCCAGAUGAUGGCUCUGACGAAAUAUGCUCUGCCAUUUCUGUCAAAGGGUGACUCCAUUAUAAACACCACAUCUGUCGUAACCUUCAGGGGUUCAAGCAGUAUGGUGGACUAUGCGGCCACGAAAGGUGCCGUUGUCGGGUUCACCAGAUCUCUAGCGUCUCAGCUACUUCCAAAGGGUAUUCGAGUGAAUGCUGUUGCCCCUGGCGCUAUCUACACCCCGAUCCAGGUCGACACCAGGGACGCUGAACAGAUGGCCAACUGGGGCUCCAGGACUCCCUUGGGUCGACCGGGUGAGCCAAGCGAAGUAGCGACCACUUUCGUGUUUCUUGCCAGUGCCGAUGCUUCGCUUUACUGUAAGUGCACCAUCUGCUUCUGCCUCCAGUUUUGGAUGAGGACAAGUCAACUGAGAAUUGUACAGACGGGCAGGUCAUGCAUUGUUAUCCCUUGGGUGAUUGAUCAGGGGGUCUCUGAGUAG